AUGGUCAAAAGAGGCGUAGAAGACCUUGAAGAUGGCAACCAGGCAUACCUGAAGCGCCAAAAGAUCUCGAAUGCCAAUGUCUCCAAAACCACCAGCCCGCCCACAGAAAUUCGCUCGGCGAGAGAACUCAGAAGACUUUUAUCCUUCGAUCAAGACUCGACUCGAUCAAAACAUGCUAUCGAGUCUUUCAAAGCCUUUCUAGAUCCCUUUGCUGUCCGAGAAAAUGACCACAGCCACCGAAUUGCCAUUCUCAGAGAGUUCUUCGAGACGAGCCAGUCACGAGAAGAGGAGGAUAAGCCCGUAACAUAUCUGCCCGAUCUUAUGCAAACAUGGAGUUUUGCAGCUCAAUCGAACGACGAACUGUUGUUGUCAGCAAUACCAGCUGUACUUGCAGUGCUGCUCAGGACGCUGUCAAGCAUACUCGACUUGGUGCAGCAUGGCUUGGGAGUAUGUCGCACUAUUCUUCAAAAGAGCCAGCUGGACUUGAUUUCACGAGGUCUGAUGGUUACUAAGGGGAAGACUUUCAUACUGUCUCCAGUGUUACGGCUGCUAAAUCAAUUGGCCAUGUUUGAUGGUGGAGAUAUGGCGAAGCAAGUCUUCCGUGCGAGAGACCACACCCUCAAAGGUCUAGCACGUAACCUCCACUUACGUAUCAGUGGAGAGGAGGCAGAAGACAGAAAAAAACCCUCUGUUCGAACUAAUGCUCUCCGAUUUGUGCUGUCACUGCUCAAGUUUCUUCCAUCGGAAAGCAAGCGGGAACUUCUUUAUCAACGGGAUAUAGUGACGGCGAUGACGAAAGAUAUCAAAGAUGAUCCGCCUUUCCUGAUUUGUGAGGCUCUGGAGAACUUGAAGACCUCAGUCCUUCAGGACGAGAAGCUUCCUAGAGACGCUAAGGCCAAACUGCUGAAUGCCACUUCGUUAGGACGGAUUGCCAUGUUGUAUGGAUACGAUCAGCCUGAUGAGGAAUUAAUGAAAUCGAAGAAAACAGUGGAAGGAGUUGCACACGAAUUUUUGGUGCUAGCAUGUAUGUCUCCCGAACUUGGAGCAUUGAAUCGCCAGGCGGGUUUCUACCCUCGAGGCAUUGAUCCUGAUGAUUUGGAAGAUUUUGAUGAUGAUAAAGCACUUCUUGACCUAGGCCUUCACAGUGUUGAAUGGAUGGACAAGUUCACCGACAAAGUCCCCAUACGAAACACAAUCUUAUCAGAUUUUAUUCAGACUCUGCGGCCCUGGUCUAACGCCAAACAGAGAGAUCUCAUACUAUCUAUAUUCACGUCCGCACCGGAGCUGGUUGCAGAUUACUUCUUCCACAAGAAGUCAUUUUCAUUUGAACCCAAAUUGACUGCAACUUGGAUUGGAUACUCGGCAUUUCUCUUUUCGAGCCUCCAGCUACCACUUCCGAUUUACUUUGGACAUCAGCAACGGUAUGCACGCUUGCCACCACCUCCAGCUAUAGUUUUGGAAAGUAUUCUUCCCCAGCCGCUGAGCCAGAAAGUUCUGAGGGGUUGCCUACUGCAACCCCAAAAGUUGAUCACAUUCUUUGCGAUCAGGAUCCUCUGCGUUGCAUUUCGCAAAUUUCAAAUUGCUUUGCGGAUGUAUGAGGAUGCAGCGAGUGGUUCAUCUUCACUAUGGGCGCAAGCGGCAGCUUCAUUGACGGAUGCAUUUUGUAAAAGGUGUCCGUCAAUCAAGGAUGUCAUCCACGCUUUCCGAAAUAUGUCAGAUACAGACUUACUUCAAAGAGAAGCCGCCACUAGAUUACUCGUUUUGUACUAUGAGAUAGUGCCCAGCAUAGCCUUAGACGCUAAAUUUGAUGUGUCGGGCGUUCUGACGCAAAGACUGCGUGAAAUUGAGGGAUCAAAUUUAUCCCCAGAAGACCGAUCGUUGUGUGCAAUGGAAUUGGAGAAUCUUUUCCAAUUUGCCCAUUUUUCUCCCGGCAUGCGGUGGUUCUCGAAAGCGGAAGGGGUUCACAUCUCUCCAUUUAUGGCGAUGUUGAAGCUUUCCGCAGAGGCUCCAGUGGAUGUGCCAUUGCUCAAGUUGAAAUUGGUUCUCACUUCAAUCAGCGAGGAGAACCAAGUCUUACAGACCCAGACAUCCAUUUCUGCAUUGGAAUCCUUUAUCCUCGUGCUCAGAUCUCUACAUGGUAUAGCAGACGGACCCCAGGUGUAUGAAUUCUUGGAUGACUGCAUCUCACGCUGUGCCGCGAAACCUAUCAAGUAUAUCUUCGGGCUUGAAGAGAUCAAUAGCAGAGUCCACAAUGUUGGUCAUAGGUUGUCUCCAUUCAGUCUACUUACACUGGUUAUCGCAGAGCAGUGGCCGUUCUUGAUCAAGUCAGCUAGUGAUACGGUGUUGCAAGAGGUCGCCCGAUUUUUGGCAUCAUAUCUAGCUACUCUUCUCAAGAUCAAGGAAGACAAGAAAAUCAUCAGGGAUGUAAUACAACAGCUGGCGGCUGCAAUCCCGGAGGGUUCAACUGUGCGGAGUACUAUCGAAGGGACACGCGAUCUAGUCGACAUCGUCACUGUUCCUGAACGCAAGAGCAAACAACUUGAGGAAACAGAACAGAAAAACAGCAAGAGCAACGUACCUUUCGAGUCUGACGAUGUAGCUUUAACAGCAAAGAUGCUCGAAGAUACUGACCCUCGGGCGGAUAACAGUAGUUCACUUGUGAAAUGGGUCAACAAAGAUGUUGAAGAGGUAAUUGAAAGCGGACAUGCUGCAGCACUAGUCAUGCUUUUAUCCUCGGAACUCUUAAGCGUUCGGAAGGAAGCUGUCACCAACAUUUCGAAAUUUGCUGCAAAGCUGAAGGAUUCAGCCUUCGAAGAGAAAGACCAGGUCUGGCUCCUACUUUCCGAAGUAGUAGAGACGGCAAAGAAAUCAAUCGAUCAAGAACCUCUGCCGACUGUGAUUUCGGCAUUUGCUUCGCAUGCCAUCCCGGUGCUGAGCGAUCCUUCACACCGACUCUAUCCCAAAAUCAACAACUUUCUGUCACAGGGUCCAACGUGGGAAUCGGACAAGAUACCUUUGAUGUACAAAGUCCUCGACGAGCCUCCUAGUUUUGAUGACGCAUAUUACCAAGAAACGAAUUGGUUGUUGACAUAUCUGCUUGCUGGCCUUCGCUCACCGGCUGAUAUGGCUAUAUACCGCAAGAGACGGGUCUUCGAGAAACUCCUCAGCAUCUGGAACAAUGCCUACCUGGCCCCAGGCGUGCGAGAUAAAAUACUGAGGCUGUUGUUCAGGGCUACCACGAUUGAGGGGGGUAGCGCCACGCUUAUCACGAGAUUUAGUGCCAUGACUUGGAUUGAAGCGCAGGUUGCGUUGGGUACUGGCAUGUCUCUGAAAGCACUCAUGGAGCGGAUCCUGGAGUCAUCUGAUAAGCAGCGGGUCGGAAAGUGGUCAAAAAGUGUCAAUUUCGGCGCAGUCAAAGCUAAUACUAUGAAGUUCUAG